AUGACGGGGCCAGCUCCCCCCUACUCUGCUGUGCCCCCCCGCGCCAGCCUUCGGAGCCGCCAGGCCAUGAGGAAGAAGGCGGAGCGCGCGGCCAAGGAGAAGGCGGCCGCCGCGGCCCUCGAGGAGGAGGCGAGGAGCGCGGCGAGGAAGGCCGAGCAGGGCGAAGGUGAUGCCCCCUUGGCCCUGGCAAGGGAGGAGUACCAGUGCACAGGCCUCCUGGAGCAGGACUUCCACGAGCUCUGCGCCCGCGCCGGCUUCUCCCGCAUCCCCAAAGUCACCCUCCGGCCGUCCCCGAGCAUCCCCAGCGGCGUGCUGGCCAAAAAGGAGAAGGACAUCGAAGCCCGCCUCACCCGCAUCCAGAACAAGUACAGCUACUUCCAGCCCUGCAUCCAGGUGGAGAUUGAGCACGAUGACCCCAAGAAUGUCCGUGAGAUCUUCCUGCGAGGUUGGAAAAUCGAAGAGAAAAUGCUGGGCAUCUUGAGCAAGUGCCUGCCCACCCUCGCCAACCUGCAGGCCGUGCACCUCUGGAAAGUCGGCCUGACGGACCUGCUGCUCCCCUCGCUGAUUGCUCUCCUGACGAGCUGCACCAGCCUUCGGACGCUCAGCCUGGAGGGGAACCCCUUGCCUGAGCACUCCUUCUACAAGCUGAUGGGGAAUGAGAGCACGCUGGCCCACCUCUCGCUGCGCAACAACGACAUCGGCGAUGCGGCUGCCAAGCUCAUCGGACAGAGCCUUUCCACGCUCAGGUCCUCCAACCGGAGCCUGGUCUCCCUCGUCCUCAGCUUCAACCACAUCUCGGACGUGGGAGCAGGCUACAUUGCGGAGGGCUUGCGCUUGAACCGCUCCCUGCUCUCCCUGUCCCUGGCGCACAACGACAUCGGAGACGCCGGGGCCCUCAGACUCGCGGAGGUCCUGGCUCCCUUCGCGCUGACGCACACCGAAGUGGUGGAGAGGAGGUGGCUGCUCCUGAAGGAGUCCCUGGGACAGCCCCGCAAGAAGCACAGCGAGAUCAAGAUCGACCAUCCCUCGAGCCUGUCCAGCAACAUGGCUGUGGACCGGCUGCCACUAGCCAAGCAGAACAAAACUGUGGCCAAGAAGAAGGUGAGGAGGGUGGGUGGACCCGAAAGCCGCGCGCGCCAAGGGCGUGAAACCGAGCAGCAAGGAGAAGCGGAGCCCGACGACCGACAUGGAGUGCUCCCUCAGGGGCCCGUGUAUGUCCAGGUGCCAGCGCCGGCCGAGACGCUGAACCCGCUGCUGGAGCAGGCCGAGCACCGUGACGGGAAGGUCUUCCUGCCCGGCAACCAGGAGCUCAUCAACCUCAACCUUGCCCACAACCACAUCACAGAGCAAGGCCUCCAGGCCUUCCUGGCCGUCGUGCAGGGGCAGCAGAAGAGAAAGGGGUCGGCAGGGGCCAAGGGGAAGCCAGGGCUGCUGCGCCUGUCGCUGCAGAAGAACUGCUUCCCUCCUGCCUGCAAGGCCUUUGUGCAGCUCCAGGAGCUGAUGCAGCUGCGGGACCCUGUCUCCAAACGCAAGGACAAGGAGGAGGAGCAGGGCGUGGGUGUUUAGCGCAGGGCUGUGCCAGGCCUGGCCCACGGCUGGCCCUCGAGGAACCACACACACACCUACAGGUGAAGAAUAGCUCACUUCUUGCAUUUUUCUUUAAAAAAAAAAUCUUUACCAUCGAAAGGAAGAAAAUAAAACAGAU